AAGAGACGGGUUUUGUUCAUUACUUCCUCGUCUGGCCAUUUAAUGAGUUCACCUAACACUUUUCGGCCGCAUCGAGCCGUUUCUGACAGUCAACCCCAGGGGCUAUUUUCAAGAAGUGAUUUGUCAUUCAAAAAAAAAGCACCUUCCUCCAGGGGUGGGAGGUGGAGGAGAAGAUGGUGUGCAUCAGCAGUAAAGACUCUUUCUUCUAAUCAUGCACUGAAGCCGCUGGUUCCCACUUUUUGCCUGGUGAUUGUGGUGAUAUAUGGCGUGGCUGACAAACUCCGAAACUUUGUGGCCAGCAUCUUCAUUCCUCAGUACCACUACCCAUAUGCUGUGGCUCUCAGCUUUGCCCAGGUUCUGAUCUCCUUGUUAGUCUUAAAUCUCCUCCAUGUCCUUGAUCUGGUGCCUCUGAAGCAUUACUCCGGGUGUCUGGGUGAGAAGGUGCUGGUGCCUGCCAUCUGUAACAGCAUCUAUGCUGUGCUGGCCAUGUGGGCCAAAGCCAACAGUUCGUACAUGGGCCUCUUUCCCCUCACCCUGCCUCUACUGCCCCUGUUAACAGCUGGCUUUAGUUUUACCCUGAAGCUAGCAUCACCACCAUCUAUCCACAUGUCUGUUCUGAUUUUCAUUUUGAGUGGGACUUCCCUUGUCAUUACAGCGUCCAAGGGACUAUCAGAUAUUGAACCUCUGGAGUACAUUUAUGCACCUCUGGCUUUAAUCCUCCUCAGUCUUUCUCUGACUUGGCUGGCUAAAGUGUCUGAGGCUGAGCGUUGCUACUCCCCUGAAGCCCAAACCUCUAUUUUUGACAUCUAUUACACCCAGUUAGUCAACCAGAGCUGGGUGCUAGCCCUCUUGUGGCUGCUACACCUGGACAAUCCCUGGCAGGUGUUGCAUCAGGGCAACUGGCACAGCCUCCUCUUUCAUGGAUACCUGCUUGCUAUUCUCUUACUGGGGAUGGUACUGAACUUCCUGGUGGGUAUAUCAGCUCUGUGGGUCUCACCGCUUGCUGCUGCACUGCUCCACUCAGCAAGGCAAGUGGUACAGCCGUUCGUCCAGCUUCUGUAGUUUCAAUCUAAAAAAAAAAACAAUUGUCUUGUACAUCUGUACUGGGCAGGACAGUCCCUGUCCCAGGACAGUGGUGACUGUCUAAUAUAAGAUACUGUCAGAAGCUAAAUUACAUAUUAAUUUAGAAGCUAUCAUUAUUAAACUUUUUUAUAACUGUAUAUGUAUUAUAUUUAAAAUUGGAAGUAAACAUUUUACCAUUUCACAUGCUUAGAAAAGUAAUGUGAAUAAUGUUGAACUGUGAAGAUUGUAACUGAAUCUGUAUACAUUUAACAAAC